AGACUAGGGCAUUGGAGGGCCAUGGAGCCGGACGAGGAACAGGCCGGACCGGAGGAAAUCAGUCUCCUGGACGAAGCUGUGGACAAAAGCGUCUUUAAGGAUUGCAGUCAGAUUGCUUUCUACAGGCGUCAAAAACGGUCGCAGCCUGGGAAGACCCUCUUCCGGGGGUUGUUGGACUCGGUCACCGUGGGGAAGGACUGCACCAAGUUCCCCGUCAUCAACGAGGAGACUAAGGUCCGUCUGCAGGUGGAAUGCUCUGAAGUAGAGGAAAAUGUUUUCCGGCUGAAAAUCAACGAGGAGUCUCCCCUGAAGCCGAGGUUUGAAGUCCCUGAUGUCCUCCCAAGAUCCCUGGUCACCAGAGGACUGACGGCCCAUCCCGGCAACAGAGGUCACCUCGAGCUGGCGAGCGGGGCCUGGAAGCUCUGCGUCGCGGCCGAGCCGUUCAGGAUCGAUUUGGUAACCAAGGAGGAGACGGUGCUGAGCGUAAACUCCAUGGACCGGCUGUACUUCGAGCCUCUCGAGACGCCCCCCAAACACAGGGGCCCUUCCACCAGAAGAGAGGAAGACUUAUCAACCAGCUCCUCCCAGGGGAACGAAGAGGACCUGGGCCUCUGGGAGGAGAAAUGGGGCCCAUUCGUGGACGUCAAAGCCAACGGCCCCAGCUCCGUAGGCUUGGAUUUCUCCUUGCCCGGCUUCGAGCACGUGUACGGGAUCCCGCAGCACGCCCAGAGCCUCCAGCUCCCAGACACCAGCAACGGGGAGGCGUACCGGCUCUACAACCUGGAUGUCUACGGGUACAAGAUCCAUGACAAACUGGGCAUCUACGGCUCCGUGCCGUACCUCCUGGCCCACAGCCAGACCAGGACGGUGGGCCUUUUCUGGCUGAAUGCCUCCGAGACCCUGGUGGAAAUCAACCGCCGGGCUGCCUUGGAGGUGAGCGGGGGCCCCGGGCCCAGCCCGAGCCCCGCUAAGAAGAAAGCCAAGUGCCACACGGCCGUGCGCUGGAUGUCAGAGGGCGGCAUAAUCGACGUCUUCCUGCUGAUGGGACCCACGCCUUCAGCCGUCUUCCAACAGUACGGGCGGCUCACAGGCCCGCCGGCCCUGCCUCCGCUCUUCUCCCUGGGGUACCACCAGUGUCGCUGGAAUUACGAGGAUGAGCAGGACGUAAAGGCCGUGGAUGCGGGCUUCGACGGCCACGACAUCCCGUACGACGCUCUGUGGCUGGACAUAGAACACACCGAGGGCAAGCGGUACUUCACCUGGGACCGGGAGAGGUUCCCGGACCCCGCCGGGAUGCAGGACCUGCUGAGGGGCAAGAGGCGGAAGCUGGUCAUCAUCACCGACCCCCACAUCAAGAUAGACCCCCAUUACUCACUCUACUCUCAGGCCAAAGCGAAGGGCUAUUUCGUGAAAAACAGCGCCGGGGGAGAUUUCGAAGGCAUCUGCUGGCCUGGCCCCUCCUGUUACUUGGACUUCAUAAACCCUGAGGUCCGCAAAUGGUACGCGGGCCAGUUUGCCUUCUCUACAUACAAGGGCUCCACUGACAUCCUUUUUGCGUGGAAUGACAUGAACGAACCCUCGGUCUUCCGCGGGCCGGAAUUGACCAUGCCAAAGGAUGCCCUUCACCACGGCCACCGAGAACACCGGGAGCUCCACAACAUCUACGGCCUCUACCAGCAAAUGGCGACGGCAGAGGGGCUGGUGCAGCGGUCCGGAGGGGAAGAGAGGCCCUUCGUCCUCACGCGCUCCUUCUUCGCCGGCUCCCAGAAGUACGGUGCCGUGUGGACCGGAGACAACGUCGCCGAGUGGAGUUACCUGAAAAUCUCCAUCCCCAUGUUGCUCACGCUCAGCAUCGCCGGGAUCCCGUUCUGCGGCGCUGACGUCGGCGGUUUUAUCGGGGACCCGGACCCAGAACUUCUGGUACGCUGGUACCAGGCCGCGGCCUGCCAGCCCUUCUUCCGUGGCCACGCCAACAGGGAGACCAAGAGGCGGGAGCCCUGGCUGCUGGACCCCAAGUACACCCGCCUCAUCCGGGAGACCAUCAAAGAGCGCUACACCCUCCUGCCCUACUGGUAUUCCCUGUUCUACCGGGCAUGGAAGACUUCACUGCCCAUCAUGAGGCCUCUGUGGGUGGAAUUCCCCACGGAACUGGAGACGUUCGGGAUGGAAGAAGAGUACAUGCUGGGGAACGCUUUGCUGGUGCAUCCGGUUACAAAGCCAGGGGCCACCUCCGUGAACGUGUUUCUGCCCGGACCGGCGGAGGUCUGGUACGAUUUCCGGACGUUCGCUCGAUGGGAUGGGGCUCACACCCUGGAGGUUCCUGUCACCCUGGAGAACAUUCCGGUGUUCCAGAGGGGUGGCACCGUGGUGCCCGCGAAGACCUCCGUGGGCCGAUCGACCGGCUGGAUGGCCCAAGUGUCCUACGAGCUGCGAGUGGCACUGGAUUCUGAGGCCUCCGCCACGGGCGAGCUCUACCUGGACGACGGACAUUCUUUCCAGUAUCUCCAGCAGAACCAGUUCCUGCAUAGAAAGUUUUCGUUCCAGUCAGGCACUCUGUCCUCCAGCUGCGAGGACGCGAAGGGGAAAUACCACACCGAGUGCGUGGUGGAGCGGAUCCUGAUCUUGGGAGUCGAAAGGAAGCCGUCCUCAGUGACCACCGGCUCCCCAGGUGGGAAAGCCCAGGAAGUGGAUUUCACAUACUGUGCCGCCACCUCCCUGCUCUCCCUGGAGAAGCUCCGGUUGGACGUGGGGGCCGACUGGGACGUCCGCGUCAGGUGAGGCGAAGAGCCACCCCUUCGGACACCAGGAUGGGAUGCUCCCGGGCUGCUCAGAGAGAGACCGUGGGCCUUUGGACACUGAGGAACCCUCUCCGCUCCGACUCCCACUGGGAUGGAGAAGCAGCGUGGUUCAGUGGAAAGAGCCCGGUC